CUGGAGUAUUAUGAAAUAUUGCUUAUUAUGAAUGUGACCUAUUUUAAUUGCUGAUUUUACAAAACAAAGCACUUUCAACAAAACCUGCACGACUUAUUGAUUUUCAUUACUUCAUGCAAGUAAUGCAGACAAUUUGAUUAAUAAAAGAUGAAUUUGGCAUUUCUGUUAUCAAUUCUCCAUUUCUUAUCUGCAUCAGCAGAUCAAAUUAAAAUAAAAGUUUUAAAUGAUACUCUUAAAAUUGUAACUACUGAAUUUCCAAUUGGUUGUGCUUGUGGAAUUUUUUUAAGUGGACAAUUUAAAAAGGAUGGUAAAGAACCACCUACAGGAGAACCUGCUAUUCUUCAUGAUUUGCCUGGAGCAUUUUCAUGUACUCCAACUGGAAAUAAACUGUGUACAAAUAAAUGCUUGGACACUAUUAUUAAACAUCUGCCAAACAGUCCUAAAAUACUAUGUAAUUCAAUAAAAUAUGACUGUCAUAAGGAAAGGGCUUACUUAUUUAUUAAAAAUUGUAACAGUGGAUGGAUUAGCACGAAUCUUUCUGCUGGAAGAGAAUAUUGUUGUAAGGAUGGCACACCAUACAAAUGUCCAGUAUAUUAAAAUAAAUAUCUUUUAUUAUGUAUAUGUUCUCACUUGUUAUAAAUGUAUAAGCUUUAUACUUUUUUAAUUUAAUAAAACCAUUAUUGAUUCUA